UGUAGCUCCUGCCAGACAGCACUCACCCAUCCACCAUCACACACUCUCAGACACAUUCACUCUCACUAUACAACAGCUGACAACACCUUUUCAUUUUCUCUGCAGCAGUACAGAUUCCCACAGCCAGAUCCAAAAGGGACGAAAAAAUAAAAGAGUCGAUCUGUGCUGCAGACACACCAGCUCUGAGGAGUCUGGGUCGAGGCUGGAGAGGGUGACUGGAGAAUGGAAUGGAACCUCAGAAGGAUGGAAAGUGAACUGAGGCACAUCAACCCGGACCUGCUGCAGCCCAGCAAGAGCUUCAAGAAGCCCUCUUCGGGCACUAUCACCAUCAACGUAGGAGGGUUCCUCUACACCGCCCAUCGAACUACCCUUGCCAAACACCAGGGUUCCUUUCUGGAAGAGCUGGCCAACGGUAAGAAGCCGGUUCAGCACACUGAUUCCAUGGGCAACCCCUUCAUCGAUAGAGACGGCCCAGUUUUUCGCCAUGUGCUCAACUACCUCCGAACUGGAGAGCUCCAGCUGCCCGAUGACUUCCGGGAGGCAGGGCUCCUGCGGCGGGAGGCAGAUUUUUACCGUCUGAGUGAACUGGUGGAAAACGUUGUUGAGUGGGAAAGUCAGAGGGCGGCCCAGCGGGAGGCCGCUUUUUUGGAGAUGACGGAUAGUCACGAGAGGUCGCAGGGCCUCAAGGUGUACUGCAGUGACUCCACCUUCAUCGACAAGGUCAAAGCGCGGCUGGUGCAGAUCUCCAAGAGCCGCCUGGAUGGCUUUCCGGAAGAAUUUGUGGUGUCGUCCAAUGUGAUCCAGUUCCGGCACUUCAUCAAGUCGGAGCCAGGCUCGCGGCUCGUACUGAAGGAGGACAGCACAUUCUUGUGCACACUUGACUGUCUGAAACUAGAGACAGUGAUGCUAGCGCUGAGAUCAGGCUUCAAGCUGGUCACCAGCCUCGACAGCAGCAAAGGCUCCGUGGUGGCGGCUGAGGCCCUUCACUUUGUCAAAUAGAAUGAGGGGAAACAGAGGGAAGAGAGGAGGAGAGGGGGAGGCAGAGAGGAAAAAGAGUAGCGCCUGAUCCCAUAUCCACCCCGCUAAUGUAAGGUUUUGGCUUGAAGAUCUUGUAACAUGUGGUGAGCUGUAAUGUGUCAUUGGGUGGUAGAAGAAUAACAGGUGGGUUGGAUCGUCUCAGAUGACGGUGUUUAUAUCUUAACUGCACAUUGCUGGCUUACAAACACGAAACUUGAUACAUUGGGGAUAACACUGGUAAUUCAUCAACCUAAGCUAGUAUUAAAAGCAUUCAGAAUGAUCCAGUUUAACUUGGCCUUUAUCAUAUCUGAACUGCAUUUGAUUGGACAUCACGCAAAAAGUUCAACUCUACAACAGUGAAUCUUUCCAUGGAGAGGACGAAUGGAUCAAACAGAGAGUAUGAACAUUGACAGCUUUAUCAGUGGAUGUGUCUCUGCACAAGAACUGCUUCUGCUGCUUUGUCAACAGCUGCAAAAGCCUUUAAAACCAGCCGUGAUGUGCACUGUUGUGCCAUUCAGCUUCGACUACAGUCUGUGCCUGUGUGUAUGUGUGUUGCUAUACACUGUGUGUGCUGUGUGUAGUUGGUUUAAUAGCUUGUGUUUAGUUUAUUAACCUCUCCGGAACACUGAGGUUGUGUUUGGAUUGAUGAACAAACUUCACAUCCAAAAUCAGACUGAAGCAACACAAACCAUUUUCUCUGUGGACAAUAUGAGUUUAAGUGCAAAGAAACGUGAUUAUUGUAAGGGCUUUGAAUCUAGCAUGAUGCAUGUGCACUAAAUAAACUGUGUGUUUGUUAGUGCUGUGAGCCUCUGUGAAUUCGGUGCCA